UAGUCUGACGCGAUUUAUUGAGUCUCCCGCGUGUCUCUACGGGAUUAAUCAAUGUCUGAAUUAACUACGUAAAAUAGAACUACCACUGUUUAGAUUAUGUGUUAUUUAUCAUGUCUAUGAGCAGCGAUGAGGUCAACUUUCUAGUUUACAGAUAUCUUCAGGAGUCAGGUAAGCUCACAUAUUAUAUUAUUAACGUAUUAAUAAACCGAAACUUUCUGUCUUAUGAUCAAAGAAAAUGCAAGAUCUCUCGCUUUGAUCUUUCAUUGUUUUGUCUUGGUCAGUAAAAAUUAAAACUAAGCUUAGACUUACACAGUGUUUUCGUUGUACAUAAAAUAUUAAAAACACAUUUGUUAUCAAUCUUAAUUUAUUAAUUUUUUAGUGGUUUUAAGGUUUAUCAGAAGUCCCAACCUCUCUUUAGUAAAUAUACAUAAUAGGUCGUGGUAUUAGAGCGGUUUUCACUUGACUGUCGAAUUGGGAUUGGUUUUGGUUUUGGUUUUGGUUUUACUACGUCCUUUGGUUGGCUAGUGUAUUUACUUUGGUUUUGGUUUUACGACAGUCAAGUGAAAACCGCUCUAUUUCACUGAUUAUUUCUUUGUUAAGAAAAUGAUGAAUUUUUUAUUUGGCGUUCACACCUUAAAAUCGAGAAAAUUAUACUUGUUUUUAUUCUUGAUUCUGUCAUGUUGCAUUGAUGCCUCACUAACGUAAAUAUUACAUUGAUAAAGAUCUCAAGGAACAUAAUAAUUUGUUAUCUAUGAGUUCAUAAUCUCAAGAGAUUUGUUGAAAAAUCAUGCCUCAUAACAUGACAGACAGGAUGAUGUGAUGUCAUGUUUAGAAUUAACUUAUUGAAUAAUAAUAUUUUGAUAUCUAGAUCAACAGAGACUACAAUUAAAGUAAAUUUUUAAUUUAAAAGCUGUGGCUGUUGUAUUUAUCUGGAUGUUAUUGAAGUAUUAUUCUUCUACCAAAAAAGCAUUUAUCACAGUAUACGCUUACAAAACUUCUAUGGGCCCAAGGAAAUGCUUUUAUUCUUUAAUAACUCACUUGACUGCUGAUACCAGUGGAUAUUUUCUUUUGCGUAACUGGUGAUACUGAAAUUAAACCUUUCACUACUAAAGGCUAAUGACCCCCAACCUCCACCAAUUACCCCUCUACCACCACCCAUUUUUGGUGAAGGAUCAAAGGUGGCUUUGAUGCUUAAUCAAGAAGUUUAAAACAGGGCUUGGAAAAUGUAGCAUUAAUUGAUUCAGUCACAACAUUAUUUGGAACGGCAAACAAGGGAAGAGUAAAUGCCAUUAAAAUAUCAGCAAUACUAUAUCUGGUCUCUAGCUUUUGCUGACUGUUUUGUACCACUUAUUUAUUAGUCUGAAAAUUUGUGGAAAAUCGAUGUAAAAAUAAACUCUUCUAUGAAAACACCAUUUCAUGGGCAUAAGGAGCUGCUGGUUCCAGGUUAAUUGUUAUUGGCUCCCUGAGUUGUUCAUUUUUUAAUUGCAUUCACAAUUUAAGGAGAAUAUCAGCAUGAAAAGUGUUAUGUAUUCCUCUGUUUUUUUAUUAUUAUUAUUAUUUAUAUGACAUUACAUGUACAUAAUAAAGGACUAUCAAUGCUCUUAAACUCAUUAUUAUGUCUAUUUUACCACUAGGAUUUCAACAUUCAGCAUUUACCUUUGGAGUAGAAAGUCAUAUUGACCAAUCCAGUAUCAAUGGAUCUGUGGUACCCCCUGGGGCUUUGGUGUCAAUCAUUCAAAAAGGUGUCCAGUAUGUUGAGGCAGAGGUAACACUUGGUGAGGUAAGAUGUUUAUUAUUGUUAUCGCUAGAAGUAAUCAGGGAUUAAUAAAUGCAUUCGAACAUUGGUCACGGGAAUUGAGGUUGGUGCAGGGUGCCUCUUUGAAGAUACUUGGCUCAGAGGCUGAAGAGAAUAAAUCAAAAGAAAUAAAUUAUUCUUCCCUUAAUCGAUCUCAGUGCGUUUUUUUUUUUGGCUUCAUACCGCUCAGCCUUGUAUCCAAGGAUGUAAUGGGUACUUGUAUUACAGGGCUCGAAAUUGAGACUGAUACGCUCACCAAUGCGACUAGCAUUUUCUCCUUGGUGACUAAAAAUUCUGGUUUAGUCACCACUUUGGCGACCAGAUUUCUCUAUGAUAUAGAUUUAAAUUAAAACAGUAAAGUUAAAACAAACAUUUCAUCUUUUCUUGCUUUGCUUUCGUCAUACAAAAUGUGCCAAAUCGCAUUAACAAAGCCAGUUUAUCUUCUGUCCGCAAUAUUUUCAAACAAUCAAAUCUGAUAGAUCGCACUAUACUAUGCUUCUGAUAGGUCACGGAAGUAAAAUUUCAUGGGAUUUUCAGAGACAGAUUUCGCAGAAAUUUUCAUGGGCAAAAAAAAAGAAAACCAGUAAUGUCUUGUGCACUUGAAUCAGACUAAAAGAAAUGUGUUCUUGUUUCUUCUAUUUUAGGAUGGAACAAUACUAGAUGAAAACACUGAGCUAGCACUUAUUGACGCUGUCCUCCCAGACAUUGUUGCUACAAGGCAUACAUUAUUACAAAAUACUAAACCACUUAGAGAGAUUAAACAUGAAUCAAAUCUCGAUGGCAGCCACUACCCUAAUGAGAAUUACAAGGGACAUAGUGAAAUCAUGGAGAUUGAUGGGGGAGUUAACGAUUUUGGAAACUACAAAGCAACACUUUUGAAAGGCCAUGAAUCUGAGGUAAUGAUAUAUAGUGAAACUCCGCCUUACGGCCAUGUCAACAAUAUGGUCACCUCGUUAUAAGGUCACUUUUUCUGGCCGCCUGGCUGAUACUGCCAUACAUUUUCUUGUAAAAAAAACCUCGUUAAUUUGGCCACCCUGUUAAUACCUCCAAGUUUUUUUGGCCCAUUGGUGACCGUAUUUACGGGGUUCCACUGUACUUAAUUUGAAACAACAGACAUUCUAAAUAAAUUUGCCUUUUCUUUUGUAUCAAACUGUUUAAUUUGCAUCAUAUUGUUUCAUUUAUUUGAGACCAGGAGUUAACUUUUACCCAGAAUUGACAAGUAGUGUAAAGUCGCUAUUAUACAAUGUCAAAAUUCUCAUUUUUAGGUCAAUAGUAGCUAUUUUUUUUACGGAAAAGGGAGUAUAAAAAUAUUGUUGAAUUAUUAAUUUUGCAUUAUAGUUGAACAGUAUGUUUUCGUUAUUCACUUAAAUUUGGGGAUCUUCAAACAGUGGCCAUUUCUGAAUUUUAGAGCUUUGAAAAGUGUUCCAUUCCUACAUGGUAUUCAAGGCUGUGCUCUAAGAAAAAUUGAGGGGAGCCAAAUCCAGGGUGCCCAGCAUAUGAUUUCUAUGAAAAAGCUAAGAUUUUCUAGUCGCCUGAGAACAAAAGUUAGGCACCAGGAGCCACCGGGCUCUGCUAGAGCAGAGCCUUAGUAUUGUGCUAUAUACCUUUAAUGGUAAUUGAGGUACCAGUACUUAUUUAAGUAAGGUAUUUUAUUGGUAAAUACCGCUGCAAUUGAUUUAGUGACAUUUUAUAAAUUCCUUCUUUAUCAGGUAUUUGUGUGUUCUUGGAAUCCUUCUCAAGAUUUAUUAGCUUCUGGGUAGGUGUUGUUUCAUAAAACUUAAUUUCCACUAUUGUGUUUCAAAAAAUUUUCUAUUUUAGUUUGUUUUUUGUUGCCUUAUACUCUCUUAAACUUGUUUCCCUUGUUUGGUGAUGACUAAACGAUUGUCUGUCAGAAGCGAGAAAAGUUAUUACACUUUUUUAAGUUUUGUUGACAUGUAAAGAUAUUUUUGUUUGAGAGACAGUUUUAGGAAUGAUAGUUUUUAUAAAAUAAUUACUGAAAGUUCAUGUGUCAUUGUGUUAUAAGAUCUGGUGAUGGAACUGCUAGAUUGUGGCCAUUUAAUGAUUCAGGAGUUGGGACACCCGUUGUGUUACAGCAUCAGUUCAAGGACACUGAAAACCAUAAAAAUGCUACUAAGGAUGUAACAUCAUUAGAGUGGAAUGUAAGUGAACAAAAACUACAACUUUUGCCGAAGACCCCAACACUAGCAGAACUAUAUGUCGUUUUUUUUUUAAUUGUCACCUACUUUCCCCUGACUAUAUCAACUGACUGAUUACUAUUCUGAUCGUAAACCAGUACAUGUAAGUUCUUGACCUUGCUCUCAAACGUCUUUAAAAGUUAUUGAAACUUCAGAACAAUCACCAUUCACUUAAACAUUGAUAACUCUUUAGGAACUAGCAGAUUAAUGUUUGUGACCAAACCAUGUAGCACUGUUGUCAGUGUUCUUCUUUCCCGAAAUGAGACUACCCAUUUAGGUAAAACUAAUAUAUUUUGUCCUUUGUCCUCUUCUAAUUAGAAUGAUGGAACACUUUUAGCAACUGGAUUUUAUGAUGGGCAAGCUAGAAUAUGGAGCCCAGAGGGUAAAAUAAUUUUACACUCAAACUUAGCUUCAAGUUUCAUAUUUACUCAAGUUUAUAAUAUUAAUAAUAAUAAUAAUACAACUGUAAUAAGAAAUUGUAUUGAAAAUAAUGAAAAUGAGUCAACAUAACAAUGCAGAAGUUGAUCUGUAGCGUUAAAGAUAUUAUUUAAAAGCUAAAAAUCCAAGAAAAAAAUUCCAGUAAAAAAAUCACAAGGUAAAUUUAGGUGCUUCUUUACUCACUUCAUUAUUACUAUGAUGUAACCAUUAUCCAAGCCAUCAUUGCAUACCUCCCUGCUCUGAUGACUCAAUCAUUUUUUUGUAUUUUUUUUUUUUGCAGGGGAGCUUGUCAAAACACUAUGUGAACACAAAGGUCCUAUAUUUUCCAUUAAAUGGAACAAAAAAGGAAAUUAUUUACUUAGCGCUGGCGUAGAUAAGGUACAUGAGUUGGAAGCAACAUCAGUGUAGUUUGAAAACUUUCUUGAGUUAUAACUUUGGAUGUCAGAAUUAACUAAAUUAAUUAAUUAAAUUUACUUUCUGCUGCUAUUAACAGAGUACUGUUGUCUGGGAUUCAAGUAACUGGGAAGUCAAGCAACAGUUUGGGUUCCACCAGGGUGAGAGAGAGUCUGAAAUCUUCUUUAUUCCAUGCUUGACAAAAUUCUCAGUCAAUUUCUAUUCCUGCUACGUUAUUUUGAAGGUCAUCACAAAGUUUCAAAGGGAUCUACCACAUUCCCUCACCCCCUACUGUGCCUCUACCCUAAACUAACUACAUAAAGAAAAACGUUUUUAGAAGCUGCAUAAUCUUUCUAUAAAUGCAUCAGAACUUAUACCUAGACUGGAACCUUAUUUUUGUUGCCAAACUCAGUUAUAAAGAUAGUACCCAAAAAUAGACGUCAUAAUAAAUAUGUUAUAUCUUCUUUAUAGCUCCUACACUGGAUGUAGACUGGCAGAACAACAGUAGUUUUGCAUCGUGUUCAACAGAUAAAAUUAUUCAUAUCUGUAGAAUAGGUGUGGAUAAACCUAUCAAGUCUUUUCAAGGACACACUGUAAGUUUACUUUCUGCUCUGAAGAAUGCCUUAAUCUCCUGCUCAUUUUAUUUACUUAAACAAGGCAAUAAUACAAUAUCCAUCCCUCCCCUCUCCUCCCCAUCCCUCCCCCCCCCGCUCCCUCACUUCCAGUUGCAUUGUCCCUGAUGUUAGGAGUGGCAAAUCAUAGUUCUGGGUAAAUUUUGAUCUGAUCUCAAAAUCUUGAAUGUAUUUUUCAUAGGUCACAAAGUCUUGUUUUUGUGUUUGGGGAUUUCAACUGCAACACUGUUCCCCUGAUCUUUUAUCCCCCUAACCCAGUGGGAUCUAGGGGAUGGGAAGAAGGAAGACCCCUGGGAAUGUGUCUUUGUGCCUCAACUAGUCUUGGGGGAGUUUGGAGGUUUUGAGUGUUUCUUGCUCAAUUUUGUCCUUAUUGGUAUAUUACUGUGAGAAUCCAAAAGAAACAUGGGUCUGUUCUUAAUUUUUUUUUGGAUGAAAAGUUUGCAAUGACUUGGCUCUCUUUUUUUAACUGCAGAGUGAUGUUAAUGCAAUCAAAUGGGAUCCACAAGGGUCGUUAUUAGCAUCUUGUUCAGAUGACCUCUCAGCUAAGGUAGUUUAGUUUAGUUUAUUUACUUUCACCACAAAAAAAAAAAAAAGACGAGAGUACAGGAAACACACAGAAGCAGUGCCCAAAAGGAAACCAUAAGGCUUAUAGAUAUUAGGCUCCCUCAGAGUAUAAAAGUGAACCCUCCAAGUUGAAGUUUUGUUUGGUUGCCAUUUGGCGACCAAUUCUUUUGGUUGAGGGAGACUUUUGUUACAAAUCAAGUAGCCAGCUUCAAAAUUUUAGGAAAUGGUCGCAACUUGGAGGGCUGAAAAGUAUAGGUUUACAAGGCCAGGAUCAAGUGUAUAUGUUGUGGUUCAAUUUUAUCCUUGGUUUAAACUCCAGAACAGCAAGUCCACUUCAGAAUUCUAAGCUUCUGAACUUUUUCAGAUUUGGAGUAUAAAACAAGAUAACUGGGUGUUUGAUCUUCAAGGCCACAAAAAAGGAAUUUAUACAGUAGCGUGGAGCCCUACAGGACCAGCAACAGCUUGUCCAAAUGCUCCUCUUAUUUUAGCUAGGUAGGUUUCAAAACUCUUCAAUUUAAUAAUCAUAUUAUAUGUACAGUCUAUUUGGAUAAACCUAUUAUUUUUGUUGGAACAAUUUAGGUUUCUAGGAAACUGCCUACCUACCCCUCCCCAAGCCAACAUUUUGCCCUAAGUUAGUAUUGAGUGUUAAUGUUGGCUUAGGGGAGGAGUAGGUGGUAGUUUUUGAUCCUUAUUUUUUUUUUCUGUCCACCUCUUUAUGCCAUUCCCUUGUAAAUGGGAACAAUAGGCUGGAAAAUGUCACAAAAGCAAUAAAGAUUUUUGCGAUAUUUGCCACCUGGUUUGAAUUGAUUUCCUCUUAUUUUCAGUGCUUCUUAUGAUACCACAGUAAAACUGUGGGAGCUUGAGCGAGGCAGCUGUGUUUUGUCUCUUGCUAAGCAUCAGGAGCCUGUAUAUUCACUGGCCUUUAGUCCUGAUGGGAGAUAUAUCGCCUCAGGGUCCUUUGAUAGAGGAAUUAACAUCUGGUCAACACAGGUAAAUAAACUUGUUUUGAAGCUGAUUAACUUUGCCUAACUUGGGGCACUGUAACAUAAGCUUCACCCUGCAAGCAGAGCCUCCUAAGAGUGAUCAGCAUCAAAUUUCUCCUUGUAAUAUCAUUGCUUUAUAAAACACAGUGGUCAUGAGAAUUGAGGAUAUGAUCACACAAGAGGAAUCUGAUUGAUACUUCAACAAAUUCUCCCUACUUCUAUUGAAAACGUAUAGGGACAACACAUGAGAAUAUGAAUUUUGAAAUUAGGGUUUAAAGGGUUCUUGAGGUGAAAAAAAGAAGGCUCUGCCUGAAUCGAGUCAAGCCCACCCAAACUUCUGGACUAGUCAAUCUUGUUUUCUCUCGUCAAACUAGUUUUUCGACUUCGCGCAUCUGUUUAUCGAUAAACCGCUGGCCAUAACUGAGCCCGCUGUAUCAAGCGCACGCCUAUUAGGCGUGGGCUCAUGUAGUAAAUGUUUGAAGGUAGUCCAGAGGAAAUCGAUUUUGGUUCAAGUUAGCGAGGGUUUAAGUUAAAGGGAGUCAACUGUAGUUUGGACGCGCAAAUUUCCAUGCGUUCUUGUUAAACACUAGAACCGAGGUUUUCGAAAAAUUAUUUUUGUCCACAGGGCCUUAAUUCCGCGCAAUUUAAGAGUGAAAAAAGUCAACUUUCAAUAUAAGGCGUUCAUGGCUCCAUCUCUUUCGUAUGUGAUUUAUGCUCUCUCAUAUUUUGUCUUAAUGUAUGCAGACUGGAACCUUAGUUAGUAGUUUCCAUGGUAAUGGUGGAAUAUUUGAGGUUCAGUGGAGUCCAAGAGGCGACAAAGUAGCUGCAUGUUUCUCAGAUAAUACGGUAAGUAGCAACACAACUUACGCGUAGCAACCAGUGAAGGAGCUGUGUAGCGAAAUUUACGCAAAAUUGAAACUGACGGAACUGCCACCAAACGGAGUAAAACGUAAAAAUAACAUCAUGACAGCUGGAAACGGUUAGAUUUUCUAGUCUUCUCGGAUAAGGACGAAAAACCAUAGGUCCCGUCUCACAGCACUUACACUUGUCUGCUCUUGUGGGAAGUAAAAGAACCCACCCCAUUGUUCGAAAAGAGUAGGGGAAGUAGACCCCCGGUGGUUGUGGCCAACCUUCAACACAUCAUUCACAUCAUGAGUUGGGUGGGUACAGUAAGCUCAUAAAAAAAUGGACCGAAAGCGCCCGCCAAUGGCGUCUUUGUAUGCUGACGUCCGAGCUUCAGUACUGUUAACAUGUUAAUAUAUAAUUAUUGUAAAGAGGGUACGUCUGUUGUCCUCUCAACCAUGACUCCUUCCUUCUUUCCUUCCUGUAAAAACAUUUCAAAUAUCUAAAACAGCAAGUACAAGAGAAGGCAUUUUCCCUACUUCUGAUUGGCUUAUUUGAUUUUCUACCCGUACUGUGAUUGGGUAGGCUGGUUACUUUGGUGAUAACUUUUCGCUGAAAGUGGCAUAUUAAUUUUUUUCAUGUAUAUCAUUUCUCUCUGCAGCUGUGCGUUUUGGAUGUCAGGAACCUUUGACGUUUUUAACACCUCUUUUACAAGUGGAACAUCUUUCUCAAGCAUCGGACGUCCUCAUCAAACGCCAUUCCAUUACAAUUCACGCGUAAACACGAACAAAUGUUUCAGAGAUCAUUUCUACGACGGAAGAGGAAUAGUGCGAUUUUUGUUUUACCGGGAAGUGAUUACGCAUAAACAAGGAAAACAGUAACCAAACUGAAAACCAGCGACUUUUUUUAGUCUAAUAGAGGAGGCAAAGGCGUGCGGCCUAAAACAAGUUAACAAGCGGAGGAAAGCGUGUGUUAUUUAGAAGGAUGAGACGCUCUGACGGCUUCAGCAAGCGGAGGCAUACACGUGUGGCAUUUGAAUGGUUUACAGAACUUAGCCAAACACAGAGUUUGAUGGGCUGUAGUUCUGUACAAAUCACCUUCUUUACCCAUUUCCAGGAGUGCAAUUUUUUAAUUUCCUUUUUUAUUUUUAUUUGAAUUCCUCCUUUUUUACUCUUUUCGUGUACUCUUAUCAUUCGCUUUCUCUCCAUUCUUUUGUAAUACGGAAUAGAUCCAAAAUGUAUAGUACGAUGAAUUUUAAAACCCUUUCCUUGUUGGCAACUGGUUGAAGCCAUUUGUGUGUGUAACGCCGUGCAGCUCUGUUCGACUUAAAAGUGGCAUAGUUCAAAAUGAAAUCACUUUCCCUAGAAAAGUCUACUUUGUAAAAUAUUGAGAUAUACAAAGUGUACAGGGAAGUGUUGUUAAAGUUAUUGUAAUAGCUAUCCUUUUUAUGGUCACACUUAAGAUUCAAAUGCUUGAACCAUCUUGUGUGGGAGAAUACUUCUCAGUGGCUUUAAUUUCAAUUGUCACACUUCAGGAUUUCAUCCAUAGAUUCAAAGAUUAUUUAGAAGGUCCUUGUAAAUUGACAAAUUUCUUUUGCAGGAUUUUAUAGACUUCUCUAAUGUAAAAGUCAUAAUUUUCAUUGAAAUUGCCCCACUAGCAGAUUCAUCUGUAUAAUCAAAGCAACUUCAGCUUCACCUUACGUUUUCAAAGAACUAAAGUAUUUUUAAUUCUUCAAAUGGGUGAAAAGAUUUGUUUGAAUAGUUUCUGUUUCCAAACCUAACCUUUUUGUGAUUUUCAGCCGGUUCAAAUGCAACACAAGUGUCAAAUUUCAAACUUGCUUGUUUCUCAUAGACAAAUAUCUCUCUCCUAGCGCAUACAGAGUAUUUAUAUGUCGUUACUACUUAUCUAUUUGUAAAUAACCUCUUAAAUAUGUAGUCUCGCGCCACUUUCAUUUUACUGGAAUGAGAAGCUCUUUGCCACCUUUGAAAUAUUACUCGCGGACAAAGAAAUCUUACUUGACUCUUUCCUCGGGGAUUAAAACGGGGGGGGGGUUCGGGGAGCUCUCUUGGAAGCCGAUGUCUCCCCCUUUUUACCAUAGAUACAUUCCCACUUAAACCCAGAUACCCCCUGAGGCAAACCUCCACCAAUCAAAAUUCCUCGCAUGUUCUUGAAUUAAGGUUCUUGAUCCUCUGGUUUUAGACUUCAUGUUCCUGAAGUUUUUUUGGUCAGAAUGUGUUAUCUAGAGUUUAAAAUGUUAGUUGUAUAAUAUCUUGAAUGCAAUUUUUCUCUCCAUAGCUUGUACUUUUAAAGUAAUGUCAUGUAUUAAAUUUUAAAGUGCGCGGUCAUCAACGAUAUAUGUGAAUUAAAGAAACCCGUUUUCAACCCUGCGAGUCAACAUCUUUGGACAGAUAAGAGAGAAUUACGUCUAAUUACAG